AUGAUACACGUGUCAUCACCGACAGCACAAAAGUUUGAUCGAGUUAAACGUAAGGGUGUAGCGUUUUUAUCUGGAUUAUUUAGGACCAAACGGCUGAUUGUUGGGAUGAAGAUCGACGAGGAGGACAAAAUGGAACGACCUAGAAUUGAAACACCUGCGAUAGUUUCAAACAGGAUUCCAUCGAGUUUGAGUGUUGCCGCUGUCGAUGUUGUACUCAGCCCGUCGUCAGUGAGUCAGUCUUCACCCUCGCAUUCAAUUCUCACCCUCACGCCGGGACGGACACGAAACAUUGAUCAGGAUAUGGAGGCUCUUCGUUUAAGUCGACAAGAUAAUCCAUUUCUGCAGUUUAAAAAUCUAAAAUUGGGUGACGCGGACCCACUGACAUUAGCUCAAGUCCACGAGCAUCUUGUACGAAGCCCACCACCUGCCUCGUGGCCUAUGACACCCGCCUUUCCCUUCAGUCCAGUACCCGUCGAUAAUUCGUGUCCGCUAGCGAUUACACGCUACAAGACUCCAAGUCCUUCAAAGAACACUUGCUGCAAGCGAGACCGCAUUACGGAUUCA